AUGGCUACCUCUGCUCUGCCCGCCGCGCCCGCCGCCGCCUCCUCGGCUGCCGUCUCCGCGCUGGCGUCCGAGACGCCCGCCUCGCCCAGCGCCUCCUCCUCGGGCGCAGCCGGCGGCGACGCCGAGGUGCGCACCGUGCUGCACGACGCGCAGAACUUUAACGUCAAGCACCCGCUCUACAACACCUGGACACUGUGGUUCGACAACCCCAGUGCCAAGGGCACGAGUGCGGCAAAGGGCGGCAAGGACUCGUGGGGAGAGGAGAUGAACAAGGUCGUCAGCUUUGACAGCGUCGAGGAGUUCUGGGGGCUGUACAACAACAUCAUCCCGCCCUCGGAGCUGCCGCAAAAAGCAAACUACUACCUCUUCAAGGAGGGCAUCCAGCCGGCAUGGGAGGACGCCGCCAACACAAACGGCGGCAAGUGGAGCAUCCAGCUGCCGCGCGAGAAGUCGCGUGCGGACAUUGACCGGCUCUGGCUCAACACGAUGCUCUCGGCAAUCGGCGAGACGCUCGAGUCUCCCUACGACUCCUCGUCCCCAGCCGCCUCAAAUACCGCCGAGGCCAUCACGGGCAUCAUCAUGUCUGCGCGGCCCAACCUGUACCGCAUUGCGAUUUGGACACGCACGGCCGACGAGAGCGCCAGCGGCGAGCUUGACCCCGCACUGCUCAACAUCGGCAAGCACUUCAAGGUGGGCAUCCUCGGCUACCAGCUUAACCAGCAGGUCGGAGGCGGCGGCAUGCAGAGCGACGUCGAGUUCCAGAGCCAUAAGGACUCGGAGAGGAAGGGCAAAGGCCGCAAGUUCGUCGUCUAG